AAACAGUGGGGUAAGACGUUCAUCAGUUCACGUGGCCAUUCACACAGACUGUGAUAGGUGGUUCCUGUACGGAAAAGAAACCUGAAACCUUCAUUGAGGGGCAUCUCGUGUUCACAGUAACCUGUAUUAAGAUGUUACCACUGUGUAUUCUAGCUGAUAGUGAUAUAGAUGAAGAGGAACUGAAGCCUGUCAUACUGAAGAUCCAGAAAAAGUUACGCAAAGCUAAAAAGAGGAAAAGAGCCUCAGAUUCUGUCAAAUCUUAUGAUGGUUGUUUGUGCAAUCAGCUGGAACCUCAUAGAUGUAUUUCUGGCAGUGUGUCCAACCCCAGUGAUUCUGGCACGCAUGAGGAUAUGAAAGUGGCUGGUGAAGGCACUGACAGUGGACAUACAACGAAUGUGACAUUACGUAACCUCAGGCUAGCUCAGUCUGAUCGUGAAAAGGUUAAAUCAUCAGACGUUUACACCUGCUUGACUUGUACGUGUAACCAUGCUUUUCUUGCAAAGCGUCAGAAGUUGACUAUCAAUGGAGAGUUCUCGAAAGAAAGAAACUCAAUUCGCCGAACUUGUGAUCGCAAAAACACUGAAAAUACCUUUGUAUGUGGAGCGUCUGUAUCAGAGAGUGUGAUCUCUGAACCUGAGGCUAAUGCUGUUGAACCCUCUCACAUCACCAUCAUAGACCCCAGCGAGCCUGCCAACCUGGUGGCCCUGGAUUGUGAAUUUGUAGGAGUAGGCCCUAGAAAAACCAGUGCUUUAGGACGUUGUUCUAUAGUGGAUUUCCAUGGCAAUGUGAUACUGGAUAUCUAUGCCCUCCCCGAUGAAGAUAUCACAGACUACAGAACCCGCUGGAGUGGAAUUCGCAAAAAACACAUGCUGUCUGCUGUGCCAUUCAAGUGUGCCAGAGCAGCCAUCCUCAGUGCUAUAAAGGACAAAAUUGUGAUAGGUCAUGCCCUUUUCAAUGACUUUAACGUCCUCAACAUCCAGCACCCAUGGGGACAUGUUCGUGACACUGCCAAUUACAAGCCCCUGAGGAUGAGGAGUAACCAUGGUGAUGGGCAGAGAGUGUCAUUGAAGAGACUUACUAAGGCUUUAUUAGACAGGGACAUUCAAACUGGAGAGCAUUGCUCAAGUGAAGAUGCUCGUGCAGCGCUUGACCUCUACAAGCUUGUCCAAUCAGAAUGGGAAGAGAUGUUAUUGAGUAGGAAGGCGCGACGCUGUCAUAGAACGGUGACUGUACCUCCCAGACAACGGUCGUUGGAUAACUACAGCAAGUCCUACUUGGGGGAUGAGUUCUGGCCGUCCCACCUAUUUGAGCUCUCUGGUCAUAGCCAAGCCUUAUGACAGAAGUACUGGCUUCUUGUUAUGUACUGUGUAAGCAGUAAGCUAUUGUUAAGGAUCUAUGACCUCAUAUUUAAGUUUUACCAGAUUGUGAUUUAUAUCUGAAAUCAUCUUUUGUGUUGAUGUUGUGAGAAAUUUGUGAGAGAUAAAGUUUGUGUUUUUUGAGGGAAGUGGUUGUAUUAUCUAUUACUGUAACUAUCAUCAUUGAUAUUAUGUGGGAUUGUUUACAGAGCUAUUAAAAUC